GACAGCAGAAUCCACGCGUGUGCUGGGGUGAAGGAGAUCAGCGCUGGUCGCAAACUCUUCAUCAUCUUCAUCUGUACCUGAUGGCGUGUUUUUUCAGGAGGAGUGCAGCUCUGCAGCUGGCGAAGGCCUGUGGUCAGAAUGAGGAGACGCUCAUCCCACUGAUCUCUGUGGCGCCGGUCAACAAGAAACAGAGUGUGGCAGAUCUGCGUGUGUCAGUCAGUCAUCUUCUGCAGAGCGGAGCUGUUCGUCCUGAUGGAGACCUGCAGAACACCACACACACGCUGGCCCGACAGAUCAGAACGGAUGCUGUGGUGGAGGAGGUCAUCCCCGGCAGAGGAGUGAUUCACUUCAGACUCAACAAACUCCUCCUGGCGCAGAAACUUUUAGACCAGCUGCGCUCAGAUCCAGACGGCUUCGGUGUGAAGAGUGAAAUCCUGCGCCGGCUUCGGGUCGGCCGGACACUGGUGGAGUUCAGUUCUCCAAACAUCGCCAAGAAGUUCCACGCUGGACAUCUCAGAUCCACCAUAAUCGGAAAUUUCAUUGCCAACCUAAAGAAGGCUUUAGGGAAUGAGGUGAUCCGAGUCAAUUAUCUGGGCGACUGGGGAAUGCAGUUCGGUCUGUUGGGCUCAGGGUUUGAACGAUUCGGCUCUCAGGAGAAGCUAAGGACGCAACCACUGGAGCAUCUGUUUGAGUCAUCUGUUGGUGGAUGCUGUGUGUUUCUGUAUGGCUCAGCUGUGUGUGUCCGCCCGCAGGUGUAUGUGCAGGUGAACCGCGAGGCGGAGAGCGAUGCCAGUGUGCGUUCGGCUGCUGCUCAUUUCUUCAGGCGUCUUGAGCAGAGCGAGGAGCAGGCGCUGGAGCUGUGGAGACACUUCAGGGAGAUCACCAUCCAUGAGUACAAGCGCAUCUAUCAGCGUUUAGGAGUGGAGUUUGAUCAUUACUCCGGAGAAUCUUUUCAUCGAGCUGAAACACAGACUGUGCUGGACGAGCUGAGGAGCAGACGCCUGCUGAAGACCUCACAGAAGGGAACGGGUGUGGUGGAUCUGUCUGAUAAGGGCGACAUGUCCAAUUACGCCACACUGGUCCGCAGUGAUGGGACAUCCCUGUACAUCACCAGAGACGUGGCAGCGGCGCUGGACAGGAAGCAGAGGUUUAGCUUUGAUGAGAUGAUCUACGUGACAGAUAAGAGUCAGACUAUGCACUUCCAGCAGCUCUUCAGAAUCUUACAGGCCAUGGGGCACCCGUGGGCCGGCAGUUGUCAUCAUGUGGCGUUCGGCCUGGUGCAGGGCAUGAGCACUCGACGUGGGGAGGUGCUGUUCCUGGAGGACGUGCUGGAGGAGGCGCAGAGCCGGAUGAUCCAUAACAUGAGGCAGUCCCGCACUUCUAAAGAGCUGGAGGAUCCGGAAGUGACCGCAGAGAGAAUCGGGAUCAGUGCUUUAAUCGUACAGGACUUCAAAGGGCCGCUGAUUUCUGACUACAGGUUUGAAUGGGACAAAGUCCUGCAGGCUCAAGGAGACACGGGUGUGUUUCUGCAGUACACACACGCUCGCCUCUGCAGUUUAUUGCGGCAGCAGGACUGCGAGAUCUCCUGCUCUGACUUCUCUCCUCUAACAGACAGCAGGAGUGUGUCUCUCCUCCAGCACCUGCUCAGGUAUGAUGAAGUGCUGCUUCAGUGUGCAACUGACCUGCAGCCCAAACACCUGGUCAACUUCCUCAUGACUCUAAGUCAUCUAGUGGCAUCGGCUCAUCGAGAGCUGCCUGUGAAGGGUAGUUCAGAAGCGGUGGCGCAGGCCAGACUGUGUCUGUUCAGCUCCGUCCGCUCAGUUCUGGCCAAUGGCAUGAGGAUUCUGGGCAUCACUCCGGUUGAUAAGAUGUGAAUAGUUUGUAAAUUAUUAAAAGUGUUUUGUUUUCUA